AUGUCGACAACUGCUGCUCCCACGGCCAACGGGUUGACGCUCCUCGACGUGCGCGGGAGGAAGGUGUGCGAGAACGACACGACACCGCCGAUCAAGGCAUCCACCAUGGACGAGCUUCACCGGCUGCAGAAGAAGAAGUCCAACCCGACCACGCCAAGGGGCUCCACGGGCGGCGAUCAGAACGGCGAGAAAUUCCAGCAGCAGCUCGAGUCUAUCAGUGCGUCUCUGGCAUCUCACGUGCGGGAGCACGGGCCCAAGAUUGUGACGAGCAAGUGCAAGCCGGCGUCGCAGGGCCACAGGGCGGUCGCUCCGUCGCAGCCGUGCGUCAGCGACAGCUCGCUCAAGCUCACGCACGUGCUCUACAACCUGUCGCCUGCUGAACUCUACGAGCAGGCGAUCAAGUACGAGAAGGGGUCGUUCAUCACGUCGUCCGGCGCCUUGGCGACGCUCUCGGGAGCCAAGACGGGGAGAUCGCCCAAGGACAAGCGCGUCGUCAAGGAGGAAACGUCCAGCGACGACCUGUGGUGGGGCGAGGGGUCGCCCAACAUCGAGAUGGACGAGGAGACUUUUCUGGUGAACCGCGAGAGAGCUGUGGACUACCUCAACUCGCUCGACAAGGUGUUUGUGAACGACCAGUUUCUCAACUGGGACACGGAGCACCGGCUCAAAGUGCGCAUCGUCUCUGCACGCGCCUACCACGCACUCUUCAUGCACAACAUGUGCAUUCGGCCGACAGCAGAGGAGCUGGAGAGCUUCGGCAAGCCGGAUUUCACCAUCUACAACGCGGGGCAGUUCCCGUGCAACCGCUUCACGCACUACAUGACGUCGUCCACGAGCAUCGACCUGAACCUGCAGCGCAAGGAGAUGGUCAUCCUGGGCACGCAGUACGCGGGCGAGAUGAAGAAAGGGCUCUUCUCCGUCAUGCACUACCUCAUGCCCAAGCGUGGCGUGCUCUCGCUGCACUCUGGCUGCAACAUGGGCAAGGCGGGGGAUGUGGCGCUCUUCUUUGGGCUGUCGGGCACGGGCAAGACGACGCUGUCGACGGACGAGAACCGGGAUUUGAUCGGGGAUGACGAGCACUGCUGGACGGACAACGGCGUGUCGAAUAUAGAGGGCGGGUGCUACGCCAAGUGCAUCGGGCUGUCGGCGGAGAACGAGCCGGAGAUCUUCAACGCCAUCAAGUUCGGCACAGUGUUGGAGAACGUGGUGUUUGACGAGCACACACGCGAGGUGGACUACGACGACAAGUCGGUCACGGAGAACACGCGCGCGUCCUACCCCAUCGAGUUCAUCCCCAACGCGCGCAUCCCCUGCGUCGGUCCGCACCCCAAGAACGUCAUCCUGCUCGCAUGUGAUGCGUUCGGCGUGCUGCCACCCGUCAGCCGCCUCUCCCUGCCGCAGACCAUGUACCACUUCAUCAGCGGCUACACCGCGCUGGUGGCGGGCACGGAGGACGGCGUGAAGGAGCCGCGCGCAACCUUCUCCGCGUGCUUCGGCGCAGCGUUCAUCAUGUGGCACCCCACCAAGUACGCCGUGAUGCUCGCGGAGCGCAUGCAGCGGCACGGCGCGACGGCGUGGCUGGUGAACACGGGGUGGUCGGGCGGAAGCUACGGCGUGGGGCAGCGCAUGAAGCUGAAGCACACGCGCGCCAUCGUGAACGCCAUUCACGACGGCUCGCUGCUCGACGCGACGUACAGCGCGACGCCCAUCUUCGGCCUGCAGGUCCCGAAUGCCGUCAACGACGUGCCGUCGGAGAUUCUCAUGCCGCAGAACAUGUGGGAGGACAAGGCGGCGUACGAGGCGACUCUGGUGAAGCUGGCGCGGCUGUUCCAGGAUAACUUUAAGAAGUUCGCCGAGUAUGACGGCAACGGAAGUGACGGCAAGCUUGCGGCGGAUAUUCUCGCUGCGGGGCCGCAGCUCUAG